GACACUUAAAAACAAAUGGAGAAACUUUCAAAUGCUUUGAAGUACCGUUGCUGGAUUACUGUUGAGGUUAUGUUUGACCUUGGGGAUUUGCUGGGCGGGGAGUUCGGCGACCAGGACAUAAUAUUUCCCGACACGUACCAAGUGAUUUUCAAUGAUGUUCCGAAAAUCGACGGUCCUCCUAAGUGUGCCGAAGGCAACACUUUUUGUGAGGACUUUGAUUCUUAUCCUUACAACCACGUGAAAAACGUGCUUAAGCGCAAGCGGGUGCAUACUGAUUUAUUCGGCAAGGACGAACCCCUCGAUGAGCGCUACAGCAUCACCAACAGAAACGGCGACUUCGAGGCGUUCAUCUGCACGAGCAUAUCCAAAACGAUUUUCCCCCGAGUUGGCAUCAACAAAAACAACAAGUGGAAGGUCAUAAUCAAUCAAGAGGAAGACGGAUACAUUCAAGGGAUUAGGACGGAAAUUUGCCGAAAGUAAAGGGUUGAAAGUUGAUUUCUGUGUCGGUGACAGAGUGUUGCGGGGAAGGGGCGGCUUGUGACCUCAUCGGCGACAGGGCGAACGGCUACAUAACCAGCUGCAAGCAAAAAUACAUGUUGCGGAGGAUGAUGUCUUUAUCUGAAAAUGGGGAUCCCGUCCCGGACACAUUCCAGUUACCGUCAGCCUGCUGCUGCUCUUACA